GCCCAAUCGCAAAAUACUCAUUGGAUUGAUGCAGGUUACUCUGCCUACGGUUCUAUGUAAAAUAAAGGAUGCAAAAACACGUAGCAGUCAAAACGCAAUUUUGAGCUUCGUCUCCCGAAUUGACACGAUACUCCCAAAGUUUGCACGUGCGAUUACCUUUUCGGUUACUAUAUCCCACACCUCGUCUAUUGUGCUCCAGUCCAUUGUCUGCAGUUCGUGUAAUAUGCAACAUGCUGACACGUGACACACUGCGCUGCACGCGACGCAUUUCGCGUUUACUCUGCCAUCGACGCUUUCGAAUUUCCCCGCACCAGUUUUCGAUUUACUGCAGGCUGAAAAAGGGCGAGGAGAGAGAAAGAGCAAUCGAGAAAGAAGGUCAGGCUUCUCGAUAUUCCAAUUGAUUCGAUGAAACUCUUUCUUUCUCUAUUUUUAAAGCGUCGCAAUUUUUUCCUUCGCUCGCGCUCGUUGCCAAAGGGAGCAUGACUCCUGCGCGAAGGGAAAAUCAAUUCAAUAGUUCAUUACCGAGCGUUUAUGAAACGAGCUUUAAUUGACCAAGACGGUAUAAUGUGGAGAGAGAGAGCUUCCUUUUCACGCUAUUUCUGUUUUAUGUAUUUACAGUCGAUAUUAAUCGACGGUAGCGAGAUGCGCUCGCAAAUUGCUUCGGUUCAUUUGAAUAAGCAAACAGCUGCACCGCAACAUAGGUAUACUCCUGAUACGCCUUUCACGUCACUCGUGCCUAAUAAGUGAUUAAUUGGGUAAUUAGUGGAGGGGAAGAGUUUCCAAUGCGUCAUUCUGCGGAUGGUGAUGUAGUGCACUUUGAGGCGAUGGUGUUUGAUUAGUCAUUUUGAAUUUCUCAGAGAUGUUGGAAAUAAUGCUCGUUCCACGCAAGAGACUACACUGGCACGUGGAAAAAGCGUUGUUGAAAAGAUAAUAUUUCGUACAUGCAUUAUUUACAGGUUGUUUACUGGAAGGUUUUUUCGACACGCGAUAUUUUUUAGAUCUCGGUUAACGCUUCUUUACUCGCAGCUGACUCACGUCAGACUAUGUUCAAAAUGAAAACCAAAAACAUCGUUUUUCAUAUAUUUUUGCUGCUUCUUCUGCGACUCGUAAAAGCAAGUGCUUUUGUACAAGAUUAUCAUACAAUACACGACUGUCGCCUACCAACGAACUGCCUCGCUGUCAACGAGUUCCAGCCUCUCGUACUGCAGAGCGUAUUGCAAUACCCAAGUUACGAGCAGAGCUUUCAGUUUCAAUAUCCAAUUUCAGUGAAUUCUGACGCCUUCGUACGAGUGACUGAAGAAACCCGACUUGUCUGUGCUCAUGGCAACCUUAGAAUCAACUCACGAAGUUUACCAGAAGACGUUCGCUCGGUUUCCAUCCAGUGCGGUGUUACUAGCUACCAACUGACACAGGCAGACUACCCACCCGUACAUGGGCACUACUACAGGUACAAAUCGAAGCCAAGAUGCGUGACAAGCGCGAAUACUUUUGCCGAGAUCGGCUGUACUGCCAGACAGUUUCCCGAAGCUUUCCUAGUACAUGACCGAUCAAAGCACUGCCAGUCGAAAAUCUGCAAUACUUGGGUGGAAAUUGGUUAUCAAUUGAAUGAUAGGUUUCUUCCGACGAUAGAGUUUAUCAUAGUCAAUGAAACGAAGCUGCAACCCUUGAUGGCACAUGUGACUAUACCACCGGUUAUCGGAAGCCGACAAAUCGGUAGGUACACCUGGAUGAUGAGAAAGGGACCGAUUUUUGGGGCGAUUCCCGUGAGAAUCGAGGAGGUAUAUAGAAGGGACUAUCAGAGGGGGAGGUUUUACGAGAUUUUCAGAAAUCGGCAACUAGUGGAUUUCUAUAUUCCCGAAUAUGGCGACACGUACCUGACGGAAGGUCAGCUGAUUUCCGAGCAUGAUUUCUUCUACAAAUCACAAAUAAGCUCGGCUUCUUUUUACGAGAACACGGUACCGAUCUGGCGAAUCAUAGCUAGAGGAAACUGGGCACUGGCAGGAGAGUUCGUACGCCAGCUAGCUGCAAAAACUAGGAGAGGUCUGCAGCUCUGGUCCGGCACGAUCGGUCAACUCGCAUUUCCCGAUUUUUACAGAGACGAGAGACCGAUUUUUCUUAUGGAAGGAGUUAACGGAGAACACCUUGUCCCCGUACCACAACUGCUGUACAAAUACGUAGUUGACUAUGAUGGAUAUUACGGACCUCGAGGACUGAUGCUGAUAACGGUCAACGAUCCACGAGGUUCACAUUAUCUGGACUACGCACGUCACCAUAUAUGUCCCCCAAGACAGACAUGUCAGAGGAUUCAUCCCGAGUUCGCCGACACACGACUCGGCUACACAUACUGCUGUGCUCUCGAGGACGUCUGGCCCACAGCGGAGCAACUUGGUCUGCCUGUAUUUUCAGGUGGGAUCGAGAUGCUUCUUUGAACAAGCGUAAAUAUCACUGUAUCAUAAAUAGUUUGAUAAAUAAAGGGUUUGUUGAACCUUAAACAGCGUCAGUUCCUAAAUGUAGUUCACUCCUGUUUUCUCGCAAUAAAUAUAGAAGCGAGAGCUGUUUAUUAUUUUCCACGCGGUACUGCAGCUAUCUUCACUGAUAAGAGGCUUAUCUCUUUACAUAAAAUCCGAUUGAGAUCGGUUGCACGUAAUGUUCUCAUUUACUGUUUGCCUACCGCUUGCCGCUAAAAAUGUUGAACAACAACGCGCAACAACGCGUGUCGUGUACCAGGGAAAAUAUUUCCUGCUUUGCGACAUGCAAAUUAUUGUCGCACUUUGAAUAAUCGUAUGCAAGGAAGAAUGACAUUUUUUAGUCAGUUUCCUGGAAGAGGGUCAACAUGCACGUUACGCUCUUUUUGUAUUUUUUUCUCAUCUUUUUUCGUUCUUCGCUCGCAGCGACGACCGAAGACGAGCCAGAUGACGACGACUGUCUAAUUAACAUAGUACGCGACCUAAGUCGUUCGGAACCUUUACUUCUAAGCACAGAUAGUCCACCCCAGUUCCUUUAUCCGGAUCCUAUGGAACCUCGCACUGUUCGACUGGAUGACAAUCAACACUUCCGAGUCGUCUGCGGAGUUGAUUCGCUCUACGUGUCUUGUCAAGACGCUAAAUUUUACAUUAAUAGCGGUAAAAUCAGGUUUCGGAUGAGGGCGAUUAACUGCGGCAGACAUUCUUCUAAACACAUGCUCAGACCCUUGAAAGCGAGUUGCCCAACAAACGUGCUCUGCUACCAGGUCGGUUUCCAGUUGAACAUCUUCGACUUUGUCCCAACUAUCGACUUGAUCUACGUGAACGAAGUGCGACUGCGUCCACUUUGGGCUCACAUAACCAUCCUUCCCAUUAUAGGCCAUCGUCAAAGACGUGGUGAAAACGACGAUUACGAGGAAGGUGAACUCUUCUCUGGAUCCAUAUCCGCUCCGAUGGAGGAAAUUUUCGACAGAGACUACCAGAGAACCAGGUUUGCUAAAAUCCUAGGCAGUCAGGAACUGGCUGAGAAGUACAUCACCGAAAAAGCCAGUAGCAUUUUUCAACUGUUUAGCAGUUUGCUGAGGGUAAAGGAAGGUUUAGCAGGCGGUGAACACCUUGUACGAGGUCAGCUAAUCGACAACGACGACCUAUUCUACAAACCUCAGCAGGACACGGUGCACUACUAUGCCAACGUCGCUCCGGUAUGGCGAAGCAUCGCCUCGGGUAACUGGCAGAUAGCCGGCGAAAUGAUUCGCAAGGCUGCCACUGAUUCCAGGUCCAAAAUCGAGCUGUGGGCUGGGACCAUGAGAACGAUGGAACUCGAGGAUUCCAAGGGUGUCAAGAGGCAGAUCUACAUGGCCUACAACACCACUACGAUAACAGAAGUGGUGCCAGUGCCUAGACUGUUGUUCAAAUACGCAUACGACCGGGAACACAAUCGAGGAGUAGUCAUCAUCACUGUGAACGACCCGUUCAUCAAGAAGCCUAGACCGGAGCACAUCAUCUGUCCAGAACAGGAGCUAUGCCAGCGACUGCAUUCUAGCUUCACAGUCUUAGAGCUGGGUUAUACCUAUUGCUGCACACUCGCGGAUUUUGCGAAGACGGCGAAGUUGAGAGGCUUGCCUGCUUUUCCGAACGCGCAAUCGCUUUUCUAAAUUAUUCGACCGAUCGGUUAUUUCAUAAUCGACAAUUGUCUGUAGUUAUGGAAAUUUUGGCUGUAUGAGAUGCGUCGACGAUAAGAAGCUCAUAAUAAAGUAUCAAUGCGAUAAUAAUUGUGAAA